AUGAGAACAACGCGUUCAUCAUCAUUACUGUGGAUAAUGAGAACCCUCUUCUUUAACAACCUACAACCUUUGUUGUUCCGAACAAGGGUUCCUUCUCGCGAUGAUACCUCCUUUGAAGAGAUAGUUUUGAACAAUAUUGAUGUCGAGAAGCUAACACGAAUACCAUUUGAAGUAAAUUUGGCAUCAUUGAGAGAAGAAAACGAAGAAAUAGUGCAAAAUAUGUCAAUGUUUAUCAAAAGAUUUUUGGGAUCAUUUAUGUGGAGUCUCAUUCCUUUAUUUAUUUCGAAAAUAUGUCAAUUGGCACAAACGGUGUUGGUGAGCCAUAUUUUAAUGUUAAUAGAGACCAGAGGUUCCAGAUUCGGGAUGGAUCAAAAUAAUGAUUUUCACUACUACGAUACGUCUUUGACACUGUGUUGCUUUUUAUUAUUUAUGAAUCGAUUACUUAUUGGCAUUACAUUGCGAUGGCAUUUUAAUGUACAGAACAUAUUUUCACAUCAAAUUAGCUAUUAUUUAUAUUCUUCGAGUUACAUGAAAUGUAUUAGAGCACAAAAAAGAGUUGGUCUCAACAUAUCUACAAUAUCCAGUGAAGUUUCUCAAAUUGAGAAAUCAGUGUCACAAGCUCAUAGCUUGGUUUCUCAUCUCUUUCAUUUACUUGGAGCGAUGGCAAUCAUUCAUUAUCAAUAUCAAAGCACGUUCAUUACUACAACCUUUAUUAUUAUUUGUAGUUUGAGUAUUCCACUUAACAUGGCUCUACAAUCAAAGAACAGCUCAUACACUAACAUGAAAACAUAUUAUUCAAAUCAAAGAAUUAAUUUAUUGUCACAUUUCUUGAAUUGCUUCAAACAAGUCAAGUCUUUUGUGUGGGAAUCAACAGUUAUAGAGAAAAUAACACGAUUAAGAGAUACAGAAGCCUUUUAUUUAUUUAAAUUGUACUGGGUUGAUAACAUCAUUGCUUGCAUAUGGUAUAUUUUCCCGUUUGUGAUUGCAAGCUCUCUUCUCCUCGCGUCCAAAUUAAUGGAAAGAACAACGGAUGAAAAAACAAUAUUCACGAUUUUGAUUUUAUUGGAUGGAAUUUCAGUGCCAAUAUUUGAGCUUCCUAAAUGUCUGAAUCAGGUACUAUAUGCUUCUCAAUGUCUGGAACGGCUUGGGAACUUGUUACGCUCAAUGCAAGUUGACGGGGUUCCCUUGAGUGAAAAUGCAGAAAGCAAACUUGACACCAACAUUUUACUUAUACCACAACAUAGCGCUUUGACAAUAUCAGGAAAGGCGAGUAAGGUUUCAAUAGUGACACCAUUUUUCAUAAGACCAAAAGAAUGGAUAUCUUUGCGAGGUAGAACAUCCUCAGGGAAAACGUCACUCAUAGUGUCGAUUUUAGAAAGAAUAGCAAAGGUUUCCAACACAAAUAGCAACAUCCAAAUCAGAAAUAACUUGAACAUCAUAUAUUCUCCACAAGAUCCAUUUAUUAUGAAUGACACGAUCAAGGAAAACAUAGUUUUUGGGCUACCCUAUCAACAACACAUUUUCGAGGAAGCUGUAAAGGAUUCACAGCUCGAGUUUGACUUAACUCAAUGGGGCUCGCAAGACUGCAGUAACAAAUUAUGUGGUUACUUUGGAAAUAAUUUAUCAGGCGGACAGAAAAUUAGGAUCAAUCUUGCUCGAUGUUUAUACAGAUUUUAUUAUCUCAAAGAAGCCAAGCAAGAUACGACAUUCUUAUUGAUAUUUGAUGAAUUAUUUAAUGCGCUUGACCCUACAGUGGCAGAAGUAGUCAUGGACACGCUAGUGAAUACCCUUAAAGACGUUCCAAAUGUUAGCGUGUUUUUCACAUCGUGUGAUAAUAGAUAUGACCAUCUUAUGGAUCGAGUGUAUGAUGCAUCCGAAGGAAAUAUUUCAGAAGGAAUGAUUAAGAAAGACGAAAGAGUAAUAGAUGGCUCUACUUUAACACGAGGACAAUUUAAACGAUCUCAUAGUGAUUUGAGAAUGGACGAAUCAAAGCCAUCUCAAUCAGAGAGAGGCACCGAUAGUCAGAUGGGAUUGUAUGAUAUCGCAAAAUUCUAUUUGCUGUCACAAACAAACAUACUCACAGCAUUUACCGUGCUUUCACUUUUAGGCAUUUCUCAGGUGUUUAAAUCCUCAACAGGAAUUGUAUUUUCGAAUUUUAACUCAUACACAUAUUUAUUUCUGUUAUUAGGAUUAGUAAGAAUAUUGGUAGAGCUUGGAUUGGGAUAUUUUUGGAGCUUGAAAUGUUAUAGAACUAAUUCAAAAAUUCAUGAAAAUGCUCUGUACAAGAUAUUACAUGUUCCGUUACGAUUUUUUGUAGACUCUUCAAGUACGAAACGAAAAGCCGAAAAGAAUGGUAGAUACGGAGAUGUGAUUGAGAGAUUUUCAACUAACAUGACAAGUCUUGAUAGAUCCAUACCAUGGUUGUUAAAGGAGGCAUCUCAAAAGUAUUUAGAGUGUUUUGGUUCGCUUGCAACAUUACUUCUGUAUGUCUCUGAAGCAAAUCUAUUGGUUGUCUUCUUCUCCUUUCUUAUCAUGCUAGCAAUUAUUUUGUACUCGAGGAAAUAUUACAUAUUAUAUUCAAAAACGAGAGAUGACAUGUCCCUCUUACUUUCAGAAAAACGAGCCAUGAUGUCACAGUUUUUCAUGGAGUCUACACAUCCUACUGCAGUUUUAAUGAUUCAGGUGUACAAUCAAGUGCCUUACUUUUACCAAAAAUUUACACGAAGUGUGGCUCAUACAAUGAAUAUUUCAUACAUAUUCAACAGUUGUACAGACUGGUUAGGAGUUCGCUUGGAAUGUUUAAUCUCAUUACUGCUAUUUAUUCCUUUCAUGUACCUUAUUCAAGCAGUAUGUGAAGGAGAUUGUGACUCUCUUCACAAACAAAAACUUUACUAUGCUGGAAUUUUGCUUUCUACCUGCAUUGAAUUCUUCAACAGAUUUUUAUGGACUCUUGUCGUGACUACACGAGUGGAGUCUGAAUUACCUUUCAUUGGUAAAAUCAUUGAAUACGGCAAUUUACAAACAGAGCAAGAAGAACAAGGAAAUGAACGUAUGUCAUUAACUUCCACCACAUGUUAUGCACAACUGGAAUUAGAAAGGGUAACCUUUGAAAAUAUUCUUUCCAAUUUAUCUUGCCAAUUUAAAGAAGGAGCAAUUAAUGGUAUCAUUGGAAGAACAGGAAGUGGGAAAAGUUUUACACUUUCUCUGAUUCAUAGGUUUUGGUUUCCACUUCAAGGUAAAAUAUUACUUUGCGAUCGUGAUAUAUUUGAAUACGAUUUAUACUCUUAUCGAUCCAAAGUGGCCAUGAUACCUCAAGAUACAAGUUUUUUACUUGGAAGCUCUUUACGAGAACAUGUGGAUGAGUAUGAAUUGUUUUCAGAUUCAGAUAUUUUACAAGCAUUUAAAACAGUUGGAGUGGAUCACAUGACUAGUGAGGAUUUGAAUGUUGUCAUCAACAAAGAGGAUGAUAUGAAGAUUGAAAAAGUAAUGAUUUUUCUUGCAAGAGUGUAUCUACUAGUCACCAAAUUGACAGACAUGAAUCCAAAGAAACCAAAAAUUCUCAUGUUGGACGAAAUUACUGCAUCUAUGGAUAUUCAUCGUACUAGAAAUGUCAUUUCUUGUGUGAAAUUGUUGUGUACCAAAUAUGAUCUCACAGUAUUAUGGGUUACACAUCAGUUGGAAUGUUUGAGAGCUUGUGAAUAUUUAGUUUGUUUAGAUAAUGGCCAAAUUGUCGAAAGUGGUCUUGUGGAUGAGUUACUUAAUGAUCCAGACUCAAAAAGUUAUUCUCUAUUUAGAAUAUCGAAUGGGAACAUGUUCAAUACCAAAUUAUCGUUUUGA